AUGGAGAUCAGCAUCUCCGAGCGAUUGGGCCACGUUGCUGUGCGUGAAGAUUACGAUAUGAUGGAAGGCUCGGCGUACAAUUCUCGCAUCCCAGCAACCGACAACAAUGGGAUCACAACCGAGACGAACACGAUGGUGUUUGUGCAGUUUUUUGAAAACGGAGACCCUCGCUUUGGUGGGGAGCCCUGCGCCAUUGUGGCUUCAGACUCGGUCGACGAGGACGAACUUUACCAGUACCAGCCCUCCAAACACAUUCGCAAGGACAUUUCGGGCGGAGUAAUAGUGGUUACUAUGCGGCGUGCAGGCUACUUGAAGAUCCACGCACCAGAAUUCCCUGUUUCGCCACUCGCUCAGCAAGAACUGGAAGGCGGCAUUGGUGACUGGGGUAACGUAAUGAUCAAGACCAUGCGCGCAGUCUUGUACGCAAGCCUGUAA